UUGCUGUUGGUCUAAAAAAGAUGGCGCCCUCCAUGUAAACGUGAGUUGUACGAUCACAACAACUCACGUUCUGAUUCUGGCGUUAUUCCGGAAGGACUUAUAUAUCUGACAAGCUUCGUCGUUUCUGAAAUGAUAAUGCCAGAGAAAAAAGAUUCACAGAAGGACAUUUUCUUCGAGGAUGAAGACCUCCCUUACGAAGAAGACAUCUUGAGAAAUCCGUUUUCAGUGAAAUGCUGGUUACGUUAUAUUGAACACAAGAAAGCUGCUCCCAAAAAUGCCAUUAACUUGGUAUAUGAGAGAGCACUGAAAGAACUUCCAGGAAGCUAUAAGCUGUGGUACAACUACCUGAAGAUCCGGAGACGUCAAUGUAAGGGCCACUGUAUCACUGAGCCAUUGUACGAGGAUGCCAACAACGCACACGAACGUGCCCUGGUGUUCAUGAACAAGAUGCCAAGGAUUUGGCUUGAUUAUUGCCAGUUCUUGGUCGACCAGUCUAAAGUGACGAAGACUCGGCGUACAUUUGACCGAGCUUUGAGAGCCCUCCCCAUCACACAGCACCACAGAGUGUGGCCUGCCUACCUCAAGUUUGUGUGUAAAUACAACCUACAGGAGACCACUGUUCGUGUGUACAGGCGUCACCUAAAGCUGCAGAAAGAGAAGACAGAGGACUACAUAGAAUACCUGAAAAAUAUGGAAUGGUUAGAUGAGGCAGCUAUACGUUUAGUGACCGUAAUUAAUGAUGACACGUUUGUGUCCAAAGAAGGGAAAUCUAAGCAUCAGUUAUGGAAUGAGCUGUGUGAGUUGGUCGCCAAGAACCCAGACAAGGUGACGUCCCUGAAGAUUGAGCCGAUCAUACGCCAGGGUCUGAAGCGCUACACAGACCAGAUAGGAGUGCUCUGGAACUCCAUGGCUGAUUACUACAUCAGAGGCGGACACUUUGAGAGGGCUAGAGAUAUCUAUGAGGAGGCCAUUCAGACAGUCAUUACAGUCCGCGACUUCACACAAGUGUUUGAUGCUUAUGCUCAGUUUGAAAAAAAUGUCAUUGGUGCAGAAAUGGAGACCAUGGAAGAAAAGGGAGCCUCAGAGGAAGAUGACCUUGCUCUUGAGUUACGUUUAGCUCGUUUAGAAAGCCUUAUGGACAGGCGUCCUAUCCUUCUAAACAGUGUUCUACUUCGGCAAAACCCACACAAUGUACAUGAAUGGCAUAAAAGGGUGAAACUCUAUGAGGGCAAGCCAAGAGAGAUAAUCAACACUUAUACAGAGGCAGUACAGACAGUGGACCCGAAGCAGGCAUCUGGAAAGCCAGGUACACUGUGGGUGGAGUUUGCCAAGUUCUACGAAGCAGCUGGGCAGAUUGAGGAUGCUCGUGUGAUAUUUGACAAGGCUGUCAAGGUGCCUUACAAACAUGUGGAUGACCUAGCAACAAUCAUCUGUGAAUGGGGGGAGAUGGAAAUCAGACACGAAAACUAUGAAGAGGCCCUGAGAUUGAUGCAGAAAACCACAGUUCCUCCAUCUCGGAAAGUGGCCUAUCACGAUGAGUCAGAGACGGUACAGGACCGAGUACACAAGUCUCUUAAAGUCUGGUCCAUGUACGCUGACCUGGAGGAAAGCUUUGGCACGUUUAAGACCUGUAAAGCUGUGUAUGAUAGAAUCAUCGACCUACGCAUAGCCACACCACAAAUUACCAUGAACUAUGGCCUGUUUCUUGAGGAAAACAACUACUUUGAGGAAGCUUUCAAGGCAUACGAGAAGGGAAUUGCAUUGUUCAAAUGGCCCAAUGUCUACGACAUCUGGAAUACCUAUUUAUCCAAGUUUAUUGAGAGAUAUGGAGGAUCAAAACUUGAGAGAGCUAGGGACUUGUUUGAACAAUGCCUGGAGAACUGUCCGCCAAAAUUUGCAAAAGCAAUAUUCCUUCUGUAUGCCAAGUUGGAAGAGGAGCAUGGUUUAGCACGACAUGCCAUGGCUGUGUACGAUCGUGCUACUAAAGGGGUGUUACCAGAGGAACAGGCAGAGAUGUUUAACGUCUACAUUAAGAGAGCAGCUGAGAUAUAUGGUGUUACCUAUACCCGACCUAUCUAUGAAAAAGCCAUAGAGGUUCUGCCAGAUGAACAAUCAAGAGAGAUGUGCAUGAGGUUUGCAGAUCUUGAAAGAAAACUUGGAGAAAUUGACAGAGCAAGGGCACUAUAUUCUCAUUGUACCCAGAUGUGUGAUCCUCGGGUGGCACCCCACUUCUGGCAAGUGUGGAAGGACUUUGAGAUUAAACACGGGAACGAGGACACAGUGCGGGAAAUGUUGAGGAUCAAACGUAGCAUACAGGCUAUGUACAACACACAGGUUAACUUCAUGUCUUCACAAAUAAUGGCAGCUCAAGGUGGAGGCAAAGCAGACACACCAGAAACUUCCAACCCGGAGAUUGACAGCAUGAAGAAGUUGGAGGAGCGUGCCAGGCAGCUAGCAGAGGAGGCCAUGAAAGACCAGGCCAAACCUGAGAAGGGCAUCCUGUUUGUCAGGAGUAACACCACAGAUGAGGAGCUAGGAGAGAUGACGAAGACGACCAACCCUGAUGCUAUUGACAUUGACGACUUCAGUAGUGAUGAUGACGAAAAUAUUGAAGAAUUAGAAGUUCAGAAACAGUCUGUUCCAUCAGAGGUAUUCGGAUCACUGGCUAAUGAAGAGGACUGAAAGUAGAUGUCUGGAAAAAAAGACAAUAAAUCAAAGAAAAUAUUCUCUGGCCAUUUUGAACAGGAAAUCUCACCAUGUGCUGGGGUUCAGUUAUAAAAGUGAAUGUAAUAAAUGUUU